AUGCGAUUGAAGUCAUUUGUAUUUUCGGAAAGAACUAAUAGUGAAAGCAGUAAUUUUUCGAGACUUUUCAAUGAAAAAGAUUCAUUUAUAAAAACUUAUCCAAAUAAAAUUGACAUAACUAAUGGAAAAGUUAAUAGAUUUCAAAAUGAUGCAUUCAAAAAUAUGUCAUCGUCAUCAAUUACAACUUUACAACUUGAUUUGGGUAAUGUAGAAUUGUAUAUUGAACGACUUGCUUUGUUGAAUUUAGAAAAAUUGGAAAAUUUGGAAAUUAAUUCAGCCUCAGUUUUACUAGACUCAGAUAGUUUUUAUGGACUAAAUAAUUUAAAAUAUUUAAAAAUACAAAUUGCCAAUAAAACAACGAAAUAUCUUGAUGAUGUUUUAAUGAAACAUUUUAAUUUAAAUAAAUUGGAGUUUUUAAAUCAUUACAAUGCAGAUAUUUAUGGAGCAUUCAAUGAUUCACAUAUUGAUACACUUUAUUUCUUCAACAAUGAGCUAUUGACUUAUAAUUAUGCAUUGUGGUGCCUUAACUGUAAGUCCACCAUAGUAUAUAUAUUUGACAGGUUAAUUGACACUGCAAUAAAUCCAAAUAAUAAAAAUAUUAAUAAUACACAAACAAAUAUAACGGCUAAUAAAUCAAUCGGUUUUGAAAAAUCAAAAACAUGUUAUUACAGUGGUAAUCAGUAUUUUGAAAUUUGUAAAACAUCUGAUUUAAUGUCAUUAAGUUCAGUCAGGUCACUUGUUGUUGAUUUAUGGCAACCUAAGUUGCUUCAUAUCAAUGACAAUGAAAUAACAUCAAUCGAUGAUAAUGCAUUUGACAAUUUACAAAUAACAACUUUAAUAAUUUCAUCUACAGAAGAAAAUUUAACUCUUAGUAAGGAUUCUUUCGCAGGAUUGCCAAAUCUAAGAGUCCUGAAACUGACAACUAAUUCAAUUCUGUUUACAACAUCUGUUUUUCAUCAUCUAAAAUUUUUAAAAUCACUUGAACUAUCAUUUAAUGGAUUUUGGAUAUCUUUUAGUAUGCGAUCCUGCCAAUUAUUGUCAAAUCUUACGAAAUUAAAAAGUUUUAUAAUAUCUCAUCAUAAUACAAUUGAUAUUUGUCAUGAGACAUGUAAUAAUAAUAAUAAUUUGAAUAUUGUUUAUCUUCGUUAUGCGAUUGGUACAGUUAGAAAUUUACGGCCAUUAGUUUUUUCGUGUUUAAAUAAACUUGAAAAUCUUGAUAUAAGUGAUGGCAGCCUUGAAAUUAUUGCAACUGGAGCAUUUAUUGGGCUUGAGAAACUCAAAAGUUUAACAUUGUCAUCGAAUAAAUUGACACAUAUUGGUCGAAAUAUUUUUGAAAAAUUAAUAAAUCUAAAUUCACUUAUACUGAGAAAUAAUAAAAUUAACAGCAUUGAUGAUAAAGCAUUUGAUAAACAAAUAUUAUCAACUUUAGAUUUGAGUUACAAUGAGUUGAAAUUUAUAAGUAAAUAUACACUUUAUGGUGCUAAAUGCAAACGGUUGGAUUUAUCAAACAACAAAUUAACAUCUAUUGAAUCUGGUGCAUUUAAAAAUAUAAAUCUUGACAGUCUAUACGUGGGGAAUAACGAUAAACUUAUUGAAAAUUUUAUUGCUUGGAAUGUCGACGAAUCGAAAAUACAAAGAGAUUGUAUUAUUCAAGGUAUAUUACAGAUUUGUACAAAAUUAAAUUCCUUAUCAUCAGUUGACGUGAUAAUACAUGAUUUUUCACCAGAAUUUCCAUUACCAAGUAGCAAACUCGAAUUAUCUGGUAUAUCGUCAAUUGGUAGAAAUGCAUUUAACAAUUCAAACAUCAAUGUCUAUUUUAAAGUAUUAGAGAUACAUUAUACUGAAAAACAUGAAUUUAUAAUUUAUCCUGAAUCAUUUGAGGGUUUGAUAAACUUGGAAGAUUUGAUAUUAAAUGUUGGAGCAAUAACAUUGACAAGCAAUUUAUUUGAAAAGUUAAAAUCACUCAAGUAUUUAAAAAUUCAAGUCAUAGAAACUAUUCAAUAUCUCAGUCAAGUAUUGAUAAAUCUCAAAAGUCUAAGGACCCUGGAAAUUAUUGGUAAUAAAACUAUUGGUAUUUGUCAAAAUGUUUAUUCCAAAUAUAUAUCAAAUUCAAUAACGGAUAUUCGUUAUGUAAAUGGUGAAAUUGAUGAAUUACCAGAAAAUUCAUUUGUUUGUAUGCCUCAAAUUGAAAUAUUGACAAUAACCGAGACAAACCUGAUGACAAUUAAAGCUGGUGCAUUAAAUUUACUUGUUAAUGAUAUUGACGACGAGGCAUUUAUGUUAUAUGAUAAUAAAAAUUUGAAUCUCUACAAUCUCAGUCACAAUGAACUUACAACUAUUGGAAAAGAUACUUUUGAUGGUAUUAAAUCCAGUCAAUUAGAUUUGACGUACAAUAAUAUUAGUCUAAUUGAAACUGGUGCAUUUGAAGGUUGUCACAUUCAAAACUUAUUUUUAUAUGCCAAGUCAAAAAUGAAGGAAACACUACCAUGUGAAGUAUGUCCAGCUAUGUGUCUUCCAAAAAAUCUAAUAAUACCACGAUUGGGUUAA